CACGCCCCUAGAUUUACAAUCUGUUUUUCUCUCUCCUCAACUCUGAAACUAUUAAAGUAGAGUAUACGUAGCACAACUUCAUAGUAGUUCAUACAGGCUACAGCAUAACACAAGUGGUCUAAGGGGUCAAAGGAGAGAGAGAGUGGAAUCAAUGGCGCAAAAGGAUGAAGUGAUGAUAGAGGGGUUAAAAUUUGAGCAAAAACAUGGCAAACAAAGGGUUAGAGUUGGAAGAGUUUGGAAAGAUUCGAAUGGUUUCUAUCAUUUUGUUGAGUGGAACGUUGGUAUCACCUUGCUCUCUGACUGCGUCCGCUCUUAUGUCAAUGAUGAUAAUUCUGAUAUUGUUGCCACUGAUACAAUGAAGAACACUGUUUAUGCAAAAGCAAAGGAAUGCAAAGAGCAAAUAACUGCUGAAGAUUUUGCUAUUCUUCUGGCUAAGCAUUUCGCAUCGUUUUAUAAGCAGGUUACUACCGCUGUAGUCAAGGUAGUAGAGAAGCCGUGGAAGCGUGUUUAUAUAGACGGUCAACCACAUAGGCAUGGUUUUGAACUUGGAUCAGAAAAGCAUGUGGCCGAAGCUGUAUUGAGUAAAUCUGGUGCUAUUAAGUUAUCUUCAAGCAUUGAAGGAUUAUCACUCCUGAAGGCCACAAAGUCUGGUUUUGAAGGAUAUGUUAGGGACAAAUACACGAUUCUGCCAGAAACACGAGAGAGGAUGCUUGCCACGGCUGUCACUGCUACAUGGAGGUACUCUUUCGAAUAUGCUCAUAACAUUCCAUCAGAAUCAAUGUACUUUUCUGAAAGAUACUCGGAUGUAAGAAAAGUGUUAGUCGAUACUUUCUUUGGUCCUCCUGAUAAAGGUGUUUAUAGCCCAUCGGUGCAGAGCACUCUUUAUCAAAUGGCAAAAGCUGUUCUCAACAGAUUCCAUGUUAUAUCAUCUAUCAGUUUGAACAUGCCGAAUCUGCAUUUCCUUCCUGUUAAUUUAUCGAGUUUGCAGAAUCCGAACCUAGUCAAGUUUGCAGAUGAUGUGUUUCUUCCUAUUGAUGAACCACAUGGAUCUAUUGAAGCUAGCUUGAGCCGCCCUCACUCAAGGAUGUGAAUAACCCAGUGUAGCUGUAUAGUGGGAUGUGAGUCUGUACAUCUCUUACCCGGACUUCAAAUAAUAAGGCAGGAUUAGUUGUUUUCUCCCCACACUUCUUUUCUUUUCCUAUAUCGUUCUGGAAUUGUGAGCUCUGUGCGCCUGGGUGUUUUGGAGCUCAUUGUGGUUGAAUACCUGAAGGUUAAAUGUCAAAAUGUUCCAUCAUCUAAAAUCACUAAACUAAUAAAAAGGUUAAAUUUUGGUUA